CGUACGUAUGUAGCGUGAGUCAUACUGUUCAUGCCUGUUUGCUGUUACCGGUAUUCAUAAAAUACGUGUUUUACGGAGAUUUUUACGGAACGUGUACCAGCAUGGAUCACAUCAGUUAACUAUUAAUUAUCACCCGAAUUGAACUGUUUUGUAAACUCAUCUCUUUCAACCUCUCGAAGCCAUAAACAAUGCCUUCAAACGCGGUCGAGUUUUUCUUGGGCGGGAUCGCAACGUGCGGCGCCGGUCUGUUUACCAACCCGCUGGAAGUGGUCAAAACUCGCAUGCAGUUACAGGGUGAACUAAAAGCACGCGGGACAUAUCAACGCCACUACCGCAACGUUUUCCACGCAUUUUACACCAUUGCACGUGUUGAUGGCCUGCUGGCUCUACAGAAAGGACUUGUUCCUGCUCUUUGGUAUCAACUCUUCAUGAACGGAGCAAGGUUAGGGACAUACCAGUGUCUUGUGAACAUGGGACUUACGAAGAACUCGAAGGGAGAACUGAGCUACCCCCGAGCCGUAGCUGCGGGGGCAUUUGCUGGAUGCUGUGGGGCUUGCGUCGGUAGUCCUUUCUACCUUAUAAAAACCCAACUUCAAGCUCGGUCUCACCAGGCCAUCGCAGUAGGUCACCAGCACACUCAUCACGGCAUGACCCACGGGCUCCGCCUUAUAUACUCCGAUGGGGGAUUCUUUGGGUUGUGGAGGGGCGUGUCAGCAGCCAUUGCCAGGGUUACGGUAGGAUCAGCAGCCCAGCUCUCUACGUUCAGUGCAACAAAAGAAUUUAUCAAAGAUAGCAAGGUUUUCCGAGAUGAAAGCAUCCUCGUACCCAUAACUGCCAGUAUGAUCAGUGGUGUAGCCGUCGUAGUCUUCAUGACACCAUUCGAUGUGAUAAGCACUCGUCUGUACAACCAAGGCUUAGAUGGGAAAGGGCGUGGUCUUUACUACCGGGGAUUCCUGGACUGUUUCUUGAAGGUUCUAAUGAAGGAGGGACCACUCGGGUUCUACAAGGGUUGGUCUGCGUCAUGGUUUAGACUAGCACCCCACACAGUUCUUAGUCUAGUCUUCUGGGACCAGACGAGAAUCUUGUACAAGAAUAUCCAGGACUCGUUUACUAGCUGAUGAACAAGGGGGCUUAGACUAGCACCUCACAUGUUCUUAGUCUAGUAUUUUGGGCCCAGGCAAGGAUCUUGUACAGUGUACAAACAUGUCCAGGAAUCUUUUACUAGAUGACGAACAAGAUGGUUUAGUCUAGCCCCUCACAAGUUUUUAGUCUAAUAUUUUGAGACCAGGCAAGAAUAUUGUACAAGUAUGCAAAGGACUUGUUGGCUGUUCGAGGAUAAUGUAUCAAGAGAUCGUAAUUGACAAGGUUCAAUAAACAAUAUGAGUAUAAACUGUGAGUAUAUGUCUUGAUAGAUACAUGUAAAGGGAAUAUUGGUUUGUGCUUUCAUUCAUUCAUCAUACUUGCUAGAGUAGAUAUUUUUGAUGUUUAUACGGUGCUCUGUUACUUGAAUUUGACAUUUAAAAUUCAAUAUUUGAAAUUGUUGUGACAGAGCUAACAAUGGAAGCCUAAUAUGUUUUUGAUAUGGAUGACAAGCAUAGAACUGCAAUCACAAAUUGGCAACUCUGUGACAUAUUUCACAUGGUCCUCUGCCAUUUGAUCCGUAGUAAAAAAAAUGAUCAUAUUUACUCAUAGUUACACACAUCCUUUAUUUGUUGAUUGCACAUAAUUAUAUUUGUAUACAAUCCCUGUAUGAAACAACUUUUCUUUCAUGAACUAGGAAAAAAAUGGAAAAUGUAUGAAAUGUAUGCACAGAACAAAUGGGAGAGAACAUCUAAAGAUGUGUCACAGCAUUACAGUUU